AUGAGUAGACUUUUAGUUCACAUAUUACGAAAUGCCAUUGGCAGACAGCUUCGCUAUGAGUGUCCCACUGCAACAGCAUCGAUUUCAUUUUUGCGUCAUUUGAGUGUUUCUACAAAAUUCUACACAAAAUCCGAUGAAGAAACUCCAGCCAAACCUGAGAAAAAGAAGACAAAAGAAAUUCCCAAAAUCACUCUGAUCCAACAGAAUGAUUCUAUGAUUGUGACGACAUUGGAGGAAGCAAACAAAUUGGCUCUUCGUAGGAACUUGAAGCUGAUAAAAGUUCAAGACCUCGAUCCGAAGUCACUUCGACCGGUGUAUAAAUUGGCCACGGUAGCUGAACUCCUUGCUGAGGAUGACAUCAAUGAAAACAAAUCAGAAAAGUCUGCCUCAUCGUCCUCCAAAAAACACUCAGUCAAAUCGCUUACAAUUGGUUCCAGAAUUAGCGACAACGAUCUGAACUCAAGACUGAAGAAUAUCGGUAAAUGGCUAAGCAAGGGUUGUGAGGUUAGAGUCCUAAUCCAAGGUGGCAACGAUGAUGGCAAAGGUUCGGAGACUGUUUUUCAAAAAAUCGAAGCUAGUAUAAAAGAACCUCAAGUGAUUGGGAAAAUCACACAAAAACGCUCCAAAGACAGUAUGAUCAAAUUCAAUAUCUAUCCUGCUUUGGGGGAGAAGAAGGACUCAAGUUCGAGUGACAAACAAAAGGCAUGACUAGAAGAAGCUGAUACUAAAAAAGUGUUGGCUGCCUUGGUCCUUUUCCUUGUUGUUAAAUACUUUAUUUGGAGCCAAAUUUUCCUGCACAUGAUGUGUGAGACUGUUCUAGACGCAUUCUUCAAAACUACUGGUGGCACCAGAUGAUGAUGAUGAUAUUUUAGAUGCAUAUAGUUCCUUUUGAGUUCUUUUUUUUUAUUUUUAUUAAAAGUAUUUUAAAUUGUAUUCUUAUAGUGCUGCCGAAAUAAAGUUAAUGAUUGUUUAA